CUUCAGCAUCAUUGGGUGACAAUGGAGGGGAGCCCGGGAAUCGGCUGGCGCUCGGGGUCCGACAGUUCGCGGGCGCCUCCGAAGAUCCCGCCGGCCAUGGAGGAGCUGCAGAGCCGCUUGCAGGAGACCCUGGACCUUCUGUCCUCGCAGGAGCUGCGCAGCUUCCGCGACCACCUCAAGAAGGUGGAGCCGCGCGUGAGCCAGGUGAAGCUGGAGCUGGAGGGCCGCAGCCCGUCGGGGCUGGCCAGGCUCCUCGCCAAGCAGUACUACCCACCGGCCGCCGCCAAGCGCGUCCUCGUCCAGGUGCUGGAGCAGCUACCCCGCGCCGAUCUGCUGCCGCGCUGGCAGAGCGCCGCCGCCGACGGCCCGGUGAUUCCACGAAAGAUUCCAAAGAGAAGCUAUGACUGUGUGGAAGGUGAAUUGGACCGUUAUGACCUGAGUGGCAGGCGGAAGGCCUUCCUCAUGUGUGUGAAGAGAAACAGGCUGGGCGCUCACCAGGAUGUCCUACUGAUGGAGGACUGGCUUGGCCAGUGCCAGUUCGAAAAUACGUUGUGCAUCGAUCCCGACAAAAUGGAGUUACUUGGAAAAAUAACAUCAUUUCGAGAUGGACUAAAUGAAAUCAAAGAUGACAUUGGCUGUUGCCUUGUUGCUCUUAUGUCCCACGGAGAAGAAGGCUUUAUCAAAAUGAAAGACGGUGAAAAAGUCAGCCUGGAAGGCAUUUUUGAAAUGUUUAACAAUAAAAAUUGUCCAGCACUUCAGGAGAAACCAAAAAUCUUUAUAAUCCAGGCCUGCAGAGGAGAGAGAAGAGACAGUGGUGUUGAAACAGAUGAUGAACCCAUGGACUCGGAUGAUGGAUCAGAGAAGAGGAGGCUGCCUACAUUCAGUGAUUAUUUCAUCAUCUAUCCCACCCAGGCAGAUCAUGUGGCUUUACGGGACCCCCGCACCGGCUCUGUGAUGAUCAAAGCAAUGACCGAAGUCUUUAAACAGUAUGGAAAUAAGUGGCACAUUGCUGACUUCUUCACCAAAGUGAAUAACAGAGUGGUGCAUCGUGAAUUUAAUCUUCGUAAUGAACCAAUAAAAGUAUCACUUGUAAUGGAGUCAACUUUAACUAAAUUUGUAUACUUUUGACAUCAGGAAGAUUAAAAAAACAAGGACUGCUUUACAGUAGAGUUUGAAAAGAGCUGUGAGCAUUUGUAGCAUUGUACUAAUGGUUACCAUUU